AUGGCACACAUCCUGCAAACCCCUGCCUUUCAGGAGACUCUGAAGGAGCUCUCCAAAGCCGCAACGCCGCAGAGCUAUGCCGACGUUGCUGCUCUCGGUGUUAUCGCUCUCGGCUCUGCCGGCUACAUCCUCCGCAACUACACCUGGGACAAGCCCGACCCUUACGACUACAUCUGGUAUGAGCGGCCGCAGUUGAAGAAUGGCGGUGCGCUCAACGCCAAGAAGGAGACGCGCAACAUUGCACAGAAGCUUGAGGAGACCAACAAGGACCUCGUCAUCUUCUGGGGCUCGCAGUCUGGUACGGCUGAGGGCUUCGCAAACCGCCUUGCGCGUGAAUGCCACCUUCGAUUUGGCCUUGAGACCAUGGCUGCCGACUUGUCCGACUUUGACGCCGAGACCAUCGCGCUUAUCCCCGAGUCCAAGCUUGCCAUUUUCAUCUGCUCCACUUUUGGCGAGGGCGACCCCAGCGACAACACUGCCGGUCUUUGGGACUGGCUACUCAAGAGCAAGGAUAUUUCGCUGAAGAACCUGCGCUACUUUGCUUUCGGUCUCGGAAACAGCAACUACAAGUACUACAACCGCGUCAUCGACGUCGUCGUUGAGCAGCUCGACAAGUUUGGCGCUCGCCCAAUGUUGCCCGUCGGUAGGGCAGACGACGCAGAGGGUGGCACUGAGGAAGACUUCAUGGCGUGGAAGGACGAGCUGUUCGCCGUUUUCAAGAACGAGCUCAAGCUGGAGGAGCGUGAGAUUAAGUACGAGCCCACGCUCGCCACUGUCGAGGAUGACUCUCUCGAGCCCAUUGAUCUCUACCACGGCGAACCCCUCCACCCUAGGGACAACCCCAAGGCAGCCGCAGCCUGCUCUCCCAUCAAGCCCCUGAGCAUCCAGAACCCUCGCGAGCUGUUCCACACCAAGGACCGCAACUGCGUACACAUGGAGCUCGACCUCACAGACCAUGCCGAGGUCAAGUACAAGACGGGCGACCACCUUGCUGUUUGGCCCACCAACCCUGACGCUGAAGUCGACCGCCUCCUCGCUGCCCUCGGUCUCACCUCCCGCGCCGAAAUCCCCAUCUCCAUCAAGUCCCUGGACCCGACCCUCAAGGUCAAGGUGCCAACACCAACCACCACCGCGGCUCUCUUCCGCUACUACCUCGAGAUCUGCGCCCCCGUCUCGCGUGACACGAUCCUCUCGCUCUCCCCCUUCGCGCCCACGCCGGAAGCGAAGUCCUUCCUGCUGUCGCUCGGCAAGGACAAGAACGCCUACGCGCAGUACCUGGCCCGCACACACCUUAAUCUGGGCCGACUUCUCGCGCUGGCCAGCCCCGGGCAGACAUGGACGUCGCUGCCGCUGUCCUACGUGAUCGAGACGCUGCCGCGGCUGCAGCCCCGCUACUACAGCAUUUCCUCCUCGUCCGUCAUCUCGCCGCGCCACCCCAGCAUCACCGCGCUCGUCAGCACCACGCCCCUGGCCGCCGCCGACGACGACAACUCGACCCCCUCGGUCAUCCCAGGCCUCACCUCCAACUACCUCCUCGCCCACGCGCACCACCACCCCAGCAACCCGACCCGGGACUCAUCCCACCCCAACAUGAACGGCCUCAUGUACGCCCUCACCGGCCCCAACGGCGCCCUCGUCUCAGACGACAAAAACAACGCCGCGGCGCCCAAGCUCUACGCGCACAUCCGCAAGUCCAAAUUCAAGCUCCCCGGCGCCGGGUCGACUCCCCUCAUCAUGGUGGCGGCGGGCACCGGUCUCGCGCCCUUCCGCGGCUUCGUGGCGGAGCGCGCGCGCCUGCACUCGAUGGGCAAGGAGGUCGGCCGCAUGGUGCUGUUCUUCGGCUGCCGCCGCGCGGACGAGGACUACAUCUACCGCGAGGAGCUGGAAGGAUGGGAGCAGGCGCUCGGCGGCAAGCUCGAGAUCGUUACGGCUUUUAGUCGUGAGAACGGGCAGCCUAGGCGCUAUGUGCAGGACCGCGUUGACGAGAAGAUGGAGGAUGUGCUGGGUUUGUUGGAGGCUGGUGCGAACUUUUACGUUUGCGGGAGGGCGAGCAUGGCGAGGGAGGUUGGGAGGAGGGUUGGUGAGGGGAUGAAGAGGAAGGAGGAGGGUUGGAGUGAGGAGCGUGUGAAGGAGUGGAGCGAGGCGUUGAAGAGGAGGGGGAAGUGGUUGGAGGACGUUUGGGGUUAA